AUGAAUCCGAAUAACUUGAGUAGUAUACUUUAUGAAAGUCCUUACCAUAUCGAUUCCCUGCUACAAUUGAGUGAGAUAAUGAUGCAUCAGGAGGAUACAACUUUGGGCAUUGAUCUUCUAGAACGUGUACUUCAUGCUUUUCAGUCGGCUUUUCAUCCUUCGUUCAACCCGCUCAACGGAUCUUGUCGUUUAGACUUUAAGCGCCAAGUUAAUCGAGGUUUGUUCGUAGCACUUUUUCGCUAUAUAGUAACGGUUGGUGACCGUGGUUGCUACCGAAGUGCACUGGAAUAUUGCAAGUUAUUGUUGAGCCUUGAUUAUGAAGACGACCCCUUAACAGUUUUGCUGAUGAUAGAUCAGUAUGCAAUAUACUCGGGGCAGUAUGAUUUCUUAAUUGGUCUGUACAACAGCCUAAAUGGGUCGCGCAAUUUGUACUUACUUCCUAAUUUCGGUCUGUCAGUACCAUUGGCCCGUAAGUUGUCUGGUGAAAAUCUAGAGAAGUCUGAUGAAAAUAAAAUGAGUGCAGAUGAAUCUCUGCAAGAUGCUCUGAUCAUGUUUCCCGGAUUUGUAACACGUUUACUGAAACAUACCAGCAUUGGAGGUACUACAAACCUUGACAAGUCGGUUCUUUUUGGGAAAGAAGUUCUAUUAACUGAAUCAGAAAGUCUUGGUUGUCUACUCAGCCUUUAUGUUGCUCGCAUGCAACGUAUUUGGUCUUCACCGAACGUUCUUCCCUGGUUGGAAAAGAAUAUUGGGUCUGUUUUAGCUUUAGUUGAACCUAAACAGAUUCAUAUCUCCGAUGCUUGUACUACGGAUGGACGUCUUGCUGAGUAUUCUAAAAGACGCAAGGCUCUUUAUCCCGCAUUCCCACCAAAGAUUCUACGACAUUUGAUUUUAUCUGAAGUUCCUGAAGCACCACUGAUAUUGCCUAGAAAUUUGACAAACACACCUAUUUACACAUUCGAUCCUUUCCCACCCAAAGGUUCUAUUAAUAUUUAUGAUCCUGAAGACGAAAGACGUCGUAUUCGUGCAAAUAUGGCUGGCAGUGGCUUCUUCAGUGGACUCCUGUCAUCAUUCUUACCAUCAAGUUCCAUGCAGCGUGUUAUUACUGAAUCAGAUGUUCCUGGUCCUUCUGAUACACCUACAACCAGUGAAAACAAUGAUUACAUUAUAUGCGAACGUUUACGUGCUGCAUCAGACGCUUUCUUUGCCUCUGUGGUACAUGUUUUGGAAGGGAUCGAUAUUCGUCUAACAGAAUUAGAGAAUAGAAAUGUGGAUGACCAUCAUAAUAAUUCUUCUGAUGAAGAUCUUUGA